AGGAAUCACACUUUCAAAUAACCACCUGGCAGACACUGACUCGUUUGUUUACAUUCAUCGACUUUGUUUUCGUUUUUAUUUAUUUUUUUGUUCGAAUGGAGAGAAAUUGAUCACAAUCUCCAGUUUAUUUUAAUAAACCCCACGCUGAAUGCCAUCAUGUCCGUAGUUCAAUCAAUUGAUUUCGAAGAAAAUAGAUUUAAGGUUUGCUAUAGCGGACAAUUGUUGCAAGGACAAGCAAAGAUUUUCUUCCCCGUUGACACUCAUGUUAAAGCCGUUUACAUCAAAUUCUCUGGAAAGGGAUUUUGCAAAUGGUACAAUGGGAGGCGAAGGACUUCGGAAAGAUUAACCGGUUCCAAAACAUACUUAAAGGAAACGAUAUACCUCAUAAGCCGAUCUAAUGCCGGCACUGUUUUGCCUGCCGGAGACAACAACUUUCCAUUUUCGAUUCAGUUAUCCGGUAAACUGCCAACAUCCUUCGAAGGAACGUAUGGCUACAUUCGUUACGUUGCUUCGUUGUACAUUGAGAGCUCAGUUCAGAAAAUCGAACCACUCAGGGAAUCGUUCACUGUCAUAUGGCCGUUGAAUUUGAACAGUCAGAUCUCGUUCCGAAUGCCAGUGAAAAGGAGAGUAUGUGCCAACUUCAAUCAAUUUUGUUUUUUCUUCUGUUGGAAAACUUCUAAUCUACAAGUCUACGGCAGACUACCCGUCAGUGGGUAUUGCCCCGGACAAACAAUGAAUUUAAAGUUGGACGUGAUUAACCAAAGCGAUAAGGACGUUCUGCACGUUUUAGUGCAAUUUGUUAAGGAAGCAAUUUAUCGAUCGAAUAGUGGAGUUGUCAAAUGUGAAAGAGUGGUGGUAGCCGAACGGAGGUCUGAAGGUUGUCGUGCCAAUCGAAUUGGAAUCAGAUCAGCGAAGGUUAACAUAGUGGUACCGUCACUACCGGCAACAAACUUCUCAACCGAAAAUAUUUGCCGAUGCAACUAUUUUCUUCGAGUCACAGCCAUAACCGGAUUUUGUCAUCAAAAUCCUCAAUUUACCAUGCCAAUAAUUAUUGGAACAUACCCGAUCACAGACGAGCUUUACUCAGCUUCGGUUAGUGGUGUGAUCACUGAACAGCCAUCGAGAAGUGAUGUCGCGGAAUCAAGCGUCCCACGUACGCCACUUCGCCGUUAUCCUUCGAAUAUAAGUGUAAAUUCAACAGAUCUUCCUCCGUAUCCGGACGCAGAUCCACCAACCUAUGAAGAAGCCAUGCGCACUGUAACGACGAACGAUGAUUUUGUUCCGAAAUAUCCGACCUACAAAAGAGGCACUAAGUACGCUAAUCAAGAUUUCAAUAAUUGGAGGGACUGAUAAUUUGUGCUUGUUUUAAGUAUUACCGUAAAUUAUUUUAAAUGUAACGUAGUCCGUCCGUAGAGUAAUCAAUAAAUGAAUCAAAUAUUUUUUAAUGAGCGAA